AUGGAGGCAAUGGCAAAGGGGCUGAAAGAGAAGCCAGAUUCAUUCCCCAGAAUCUUUACCUGCCCAAACGAGAUGGUCGCCUUAUCGAUGGCCGAUGGAUACGCACGAGUCACCAAACAGCCUCAGUGUGUUAUCAUUCAUGUGGAUGUUGGCACCUCUGGCCUUGGGGCUGCAAUCCAUAAUGCGUCAACAGGACGUGCGCCAGUGCUGAUCUUUGCAGGUCUAUCUCCUUUUACCAUGGAGGGGGAGAUGCGGGGCUCUCGCACUGAAUAUAUCCAUUGGCUUCAGGAUGUUCCAGACCAGAAGCAAAUUGUCGCACAGUAUUGCCGCUAUAUUGGAGAAAUCAAAACUGGCAAAAAUAUUAAGCAAAUGGUCGGCCGCGCUUUGCAAUUCGCAACUAGCGAUCCGAUGGGUCCGGUGUAUUUGAUGGGAGCUCGUGAAGUCAUGGAACAAGACAUCCAGCCGUACUCCUUGAAUGCUGAACAUUGGAAAGCCUGUGAGGCGGCCGCCCUUCCUGAGGCCCAUGUGGAAUUUAUUGCGGAUCACCUUGUCAACGCUCAGGAGCCACUUCUCAUCACUGGCUAUAGCGGCCGUGAUCAUGACUCGGUGGAAGUUUUGACCCAACUAGCAGACGCGGUACCAGGUCUACGCGUUCUCGAUACUGGCGGUUGUGACAUGUGUUUCCCUGCCGACCAUCCAGGCUGGUUGGGGAUGCGAUAUGGGUCAGACCCUAGCAUUGAAACUGCUGAUGUCAUUCUCAUUGUCAAUUGUGAUGUUCCCUGGGUUCCUACUCAAUGCCGCCCGAAUGAAAAUGCAACAAUCAUUCACAUCGACAUUGAUCCUUUGAAGAAACUCAUGCCGUUGUUCUAUCUCCCAGCUAUUCGGAGAUAUUUGGCUGAUGCCACGGCCGCUCUGACUCAGGUAUCAUCAUUCAUUAAUUCGUCACCCGCUUUACAAGCGGCUUUGAAAUUGCCAGUUCAACAAGAACGAUUGAGUUCGCGCCAAGAAAGUCACCAGAGGCUGAUUAAAACUCUCGAUGAGAGAUGUGAUCUGUCCACGGAUUCAACUGGCUUCAACGCCUCUUUCUUGUGCCAGAAAUUGAGAGAGCUUGUGCCAGAUGACACCGUCUUUGCCGUUGAGGCUGUCACUAACUCAGUUCUCGUUGCUGAUCAAGUCCGUCCCACCGGUCCCGGUCAGUGGAUUAACUGCGGAGGAGGUGGCCUUGGAUGGAGCGGUGGUGGUGCAUUGGGGAUCAAGCUGGCUGUUGAUGCAUUGAAUCCGACCAAGAAGCCACUCGUUGUUCAAGUGGUGGGAGAUGGAAGUUUCCUCUUCAGUGUUCCGUCGAGCGUGUACUGGAUCUCUCACCGAUACCAAAUUCCUAUCCUGACAAUCGUGCUGAACAACCAAGGUUGGAACGCACCUCGACGAUCGAUGCUGCUUGUUCACCCAGAUGGACAUGGAUCGAAGGUUGAUAAUCGUGAGCUUAACAUCUCGUUCGAGCCCAGCCCAGACUAUUCCGGUAUCGCGAAAGCUGCCAGUGAUGGAAACAUUCAUGCGGUUAGGGUUAAGGAUCUUACUAAUUUGGUGCCCGUUCUCAAAGAAGCUAUUGAGAUUGUCCAAGGGGGCACCUCGGCCGUCGUUGAUGCGCAUGUUCUAUGA